GCCGGGCCGGGCCUGCCUGUGGGCUAGAAAGACUUGAUCCUUCGAGUGGAUGACGGAGAAUUAACUAAUUUGGAAAGUUUCCCAACAGCGGAGGCUUGAAACUGCUCCAGGAGCAGCUGUCCGUCCCGAGGGCAGCCCGCGACCGGGCAGGGAAAGAAGAUGACUUCUGAUGAGAAACUGCCAUCAAGUCCAAACACAAAGCAAAACCAACCUCCUCCUCCGCCUCUCUGCACAAAUCCUGGCAAUCUGGUGUUUUCCUGUAUGCUGGACCCGAAAACACUCAUGACCAAUGGUUCUUUGACAAAGCCUCAGGUUUUACUGUUUAAAACAACUUCAAGGGAAUAUGGUGCUAUUCCACCUAUCUCACAGAUGGUACCUCGUACUUAUCACCCAAUAGAUCAAACCUUUUCAAAACACUUACUCACUUGUGGGUCAUUUCAAGGUAGUUAUUUAAACACUGCCAUUGACAGAAGUAGGGUAUAUGACUACCCCAAUUUACAGCAUACUCUGUAAAAAUGCAUCUCCAUCUUUAUGUCAUAGACUUAGACUAGCUUUAAGAAAACCAAUCCGUUAUUUCAGUCAUUCUGGGAAUAACUGUCAAUAUCUGUUUUAUUUUGGUUUUGCUGGGUUGAAUAAGAUCUAUCAAAAAAGAUGUAGCUGAUUUAAUGAUACACUUUUCUCAACCAUACUUAAACCCAUAAAAAUAAAACUUUUGAAACUGGUAACAUAAACGUGGAACUCCAAUUUUACAGAAAGAGUUAAGUGCAAGAGACAUAGACCUGAAGGUCUAUUUGUUUUAAUUUAAGUAUUUUCUGGUUUUAAAACCUAAAGUCAUUCUGCACAUUCCUACAUCUUAGGACACUAAUACCAACACAAUGCAUGACUUUGAUACGAUGUACACACACUCGCUUCCCGAACCUUUAAAGAAGUCACUGUUUCUAUUUCAUAGCAGUAGAAAAAGGUGCAUGUCUACAUCAAAAAUAGCCUUGAGUAGCUGUAACAAAUCACUACAAUACAAACAGCCUAUACAGAUGUAUGUAGAUUGUUCUAAUAGGCUCUGGACGCAAAACAGAAAAUUAGGAACUUUGAACCAGCAUCUUCUUCUUUGCAUUUUCUUUUUCUCAUUGCCACUGCCUCUCCUCCUUAGCCCCCACUUCCUCUCAGCAAAAAGCCACAUUUUGGCAAGCAUACCAUUACACUCAACUAAGGCACUAAAGCUCCUGCACUGCCCUCCUUCCAACUGCUAUAAAUAAAAUAUUCUCACCCCCUUCCAUUGCAAUGCAAUGCAAUACAAAAGAAGAACGGCAGCUACCCCAGACAUUUCUGACUCACCUCAGCACUCCUCUCAAGGCUCUAAGUAAAGCGACUGGAAUCAACACCUGCCACCUUCUCCCUGUUACAAGAGUAUAAAAUUUACAAAGAAUAACAUAUAUCUGCAUAAUAAAUAUUUUCUUCUAAAGACAGAAAUCAGUCAUAAAUGGUACUCAGGAAACAGGCUGACGUGGAAAAUUCAGAAGUCUGCUAAAACUGCUACUGAAGGGAGUGUAGUUGAAAUGGUCACAAUUUCCAUAGAAUGCCUAACAAAACACAACCACUUCAAGUCCAGUGUUUCAGGUUGUCAUGGCAAUACAAAUGCUAACAUUUAUAUAUAGACAAUACAAUUCUAUAAUACAUUCUUCCUCUAUCCAAAACAACAGGUGCAGGACUUCAAAGCACAGUGUCAUACUUCAUGUCCUUUUUCAACAUUUGUAGCCUCACCAGGAUGGUCCCUCUUUUGCGAGUCUUUAAUCACACCAGUACUCCUGAGAUACUGGCCAAUGUCAACAGAGUACAAAUUAAAAUGCUAGCUCAAGAAAAGUACAUAUGCUCCUAUAAAUAACAAUGUUUUUGAUUUAGAAUAUGCUUUACAGAUACAUUGAGAUUACUAAUUCUAGUAGGAUGGAAGAAGUAAGUCUUUUUCAUUGAUAGGACAAUUUAUCACAGGACUAAUUUACCACUACAUUACACUACAACACUACAGGUUUAUAUUUUUUCCAAUUACCUUGUUUAAUCAGCCCAAACAAAUGUUUCAAAAUAGUCUGAAAAUAUUCAAUGUACAUUGCUUAAUGUUAAAAAGAAUGUUCUGCACUACAUAAAAUCUACCUCUAUCCUUCCAGGUGGAGGUUUUCCAAAUUAGAUGCCUGAAUCUAAUCUAAAUUCUCUAUCUUAGUUUCAGAUGUGCCAAACACUAUGAAUAAGAAAAGAGAAAAGCAUAUAACCAUAACCAUAGCACACAUAUCUGUUUCAGCUUU